UGGAUAUUAUUUCACCUCCCCGCUCCCUCAUUUGCUCCUGUUGUCUAUCACCCUCUGUCUCUUCUACCGUCACUAUUGGUGGCCCACUAAGUGUCAGUAAUAGCUUUAUAGAGAACAGGUGAGAAGGAACAGGUGAGAAGUAAGAGGUAAUAAGCUAAGCUGGUCGACUAUCCAACAAUCUGGACGUACAACUAAACUCUGUCACAAAGCCAAACAAAUCCAUGUUAAAUGCAUAAUUAUUGUUAAUCGUCAUUUUACUUUCCAUUAUUUUCUUAAGAUUAUAAUGUGAAACCAAGAGGGGGUUUUUUUCCAUCCAUCCAUCUAUCCUAACGAAAACAGCCGACGAUUUUGUAUGUUAUCAACACCAAAACCCUGAGCUCCCUUGUAAAUAAAUACAAACCAAUUUCAAAAACGAAAACGAGGCUACUUAUUAAAAGAUGACUAUUUCAUUCAGUUUUAAAACCUAGAGAUUUCAACUUCACCUUUUUUCCCCCACUCCAACGGAUACAUUAUAAUUUCAUGACACAAACCGCAACAACUAUGUCAAACAAAAAGUUUGAAUCAAAUAUUUAAAUAAGUCGCACCUGAGUUUCAGUCGUGCGCAUUUUCAACCAAGAAUUUCAUAAUUCAUCGUAAAAGAAUACUUUUACAUUUUAAAUCUCACUUUGCUUACAUGAUUUUGUUUGUUGGUUCCGACCGCGAAGGUGUUACACUGAGAGAGACUCAUAUUUUAUUUUAAUAACUGCUAUUUCUUUUAUCCUCAUUUGAAAUGUUCUUACCUCAAAUCUAACAUUUGUUUUUUCACUGAAACUGUUCUCCAGAAAAUGCAGAUAUGUCUUUGAGAAGUUACAGUGCGUUCGGAUCAAACUUUAAGAACCGGCAUAACUUUGCAAAUUCAAGUAAUAGAUCAAGCUAUUCAAGCAUCCAUUCUUAUACCAAGUCGGAACAGUAUUGGUGGAAUUAUACAGACAAUGCAAAAGGUACUAAUUUCCAAAGAGCUGUUUCGGGAGACAAACGACCACGAUUUGAAGACGACACAUGGGACUUGGCGGAUUCUUUAGCUGACCUUUACCUUAAGGUGAAUGAAGAGAACAUUGCUACAGCAAGCAAAUUUACCGUUUGUAAAGAUCCGGUUAACGAUAUCGAUGUAAAGAAAUGGAUCGAAGAGGAUACCAGCCAUGGUUUCAUCCGAGUUUUUGUUCCAAAUGGAAACAUCAACAGCUCCCGUCUUGUUCCGUGUAAUUUAAGUACCAACACACAGCGAAUAUGUGCCCAGUGCGGUGUUGCACAUAGUUCGUUGCAUGUUCAAUUCAAUGGAGAUAUCAUUGCAAGAAUGGAAUCCACCGAUCAUCCGUUGGCCAUUCAAAAUGAAUUUCUUGGAAACCUUGGUUACACGGAACCCAGAAAGAUUCAAGAAGAAGGAUACAAUCCAGAUCUGUCUUAUCUCAUUAAAUUCUAUCUAGGGAAACCCGUGCAGGAUAGUACUUUCACCAAAGCUCAAUUGUCUUCCGUAAUUUUAGUCAGAAAAGGAAAACUCAUCUAUCAAUGGGUGCAGCGAUUGUGUGCCAUUUCUGGCACCCGCCUUUUUAUUCACAGAGAUAAGUUUCCUUCCUCGAAAAAAUCAAUAAUGCAACUGGCCAAAGGUUAUGUGGAGGAAGUGAAAUUCAAAGACCAUCCAAAUGUCCUCAAACUGACAAUUACAUUACACGGUGAAAGGUCAAUCUACCUGUCUUUCACCAACACAAUCACAUAUAGUAAGUGGCUUAAAAGAGUUCAAAAGGCAACAGCUAAACUUCCAACCAAGGCAGACUUAUCCAAAUGCAAUUUAGAAUUUCUACCAGACACCAUUUUUAUUAAUGAAGAUCUGAGGACUCUAAACCUGCGACAUAACGUCUUAAAAGAACGACCUCUUGAAGAAGACAUUCACACUAUGGGUUGGUUGGAUGAUUUACCCAGGUUUCGCUAUUUGACUAGUUUGAACCUCGCAAACAACGAUUUGAAAUCAUUUCCUUCCGCAUUAUGUAGCAUGCAGAGUUUGACUGAAUUGAAUUUGGCCUCAAACAAAUUGGAAGAGAUUCCACCAUCAAUAGCUGACUUAACCAGGUUACAAGUGUUGCGACUACACAACAACCACCUUACAACACUACCUGAAGAAAUGGGCAGUAUGAAACAGUUAUCAGUUCUAAUUCUGGCCUUCAAUUAUUUCACAACUGUACCAUCAGUGCUGUUACGUAUUCACAACAUUUCUGACACAAUGGAGAGUAUCAUUAUGGCAGGAAACUACAUCGAACGCCUUCAGGGCAACCUUCUAAAUCAAAUGAAACUGGUGAAAAAGAUUGACUUUCGUUUCAAUAGACUAACACUGAUGCCCAGUGAAAUUGCAAAGUUCCAAUGUUUGGAAUUCAUGAGUCAUCUGGACAUCAGGGAUAACAGCAUUGAGGAUUUGGACAUACGAGCCUUGAAAGGGUUAGUCUAUAUUAACUGUGAACGUAAUGGGAUGCGAAGCUUACAGCUGAGUGGAGUUGCUUUGAAGUACAUGUAUGCCAAGGACAAUGAGCUUACUACUUUGAACAUCACACCCAAACCGGAAUGGCUUGUGGAGAUGGACCUUUCGCACAACAAAAUCCGUGACCUCCCCACCUGGAUUGCUGAGUGUUUCUUCAUGGCAAGACUGGAAGUUAGUCAUAACAUGCUACAUCGCUUGCCCAUUCUGAUAUUUACAACAGCCCAAAAGCUACAAGAUCUUCGAGCCCAUCACAAUUGUAUACGCCGACUGCCAUCAACUGUUACAAACAACUCUUUGACCAUGUUACAACUUCAACACAAUUAUAUUGAAGAGUUACCUCAUGACUUCCUUGUCAAUGCUAACAAACUUAAAUAUUUGAACCUGUCAAAGAAUGUACUGGUGAAUCUUCCAAGUCCAAACAGCAAUGAAUCAUUGAACAGAUUACAACAUCUCUUCCUGACAGCUAACAGACUACAUGAUGAUGUAUUCCUUGUCAUCAGUAAUUUCCCUCGACUCAAGAGACUUCACUUAGCUCAAAAUUUCCUCACAGACAUUCCUGACAGCACCCUUUCCAAGCUUGAAGCUCUUGAAGAACUGAAUAUCUCUUCAAACAAUCUGUCACAUUUCCCAUCAUCUUUAUGUAGACAUAAAAAACUGCAGAUUUUGAGAGCAAAUUGUAAUCGAAUUCGAGAAUUACCAGCUUUCAAAGAGGCUACAGAACUGAAGGUUUUGGAAGUUGGCUUUAAUCAGCUCUUUGACAUCCCCAUGAGCAAUCUUGUAAAUUCUCAUGUUAAUCUCUUGGAUAUUUCUGGUAACCCAAACAUCACUUUCAACACAACAGCAUUGCAAGAUCUCACGCAAAGGAAACGUGUGUGCCUUGUUGAUAUGAGAGGGCCUAAUCGGCCUCAAGAGCAAACUGAAGAAAGCUCAGAUGCUGAGAAGCCAAACCCAUGGCAGAGUGGAUUCUCACAAACUUCUGGGAUGAGAAAUAAAUUGUGUGUAGCAAUUCUGAACAAACCAAAAUUUAACAAAAAUGGUGAAGAUGGACUUUUCGGAAUCUUUGAUGGUGGCAGAAAUGAUGAAGUUGCCCGAACUUUGACAGAGAUCAUGGCAGAGACCCUUCUGGAAGAAUUAUAUAGUCCACUGCUGGUUCCAGGUGGAACAAGUUACAUGAAGUAUGCUUUGCUCAGUUGUCACAGGAAACUUAAAUCCGUUGGACAGAAAAUUGGUGCCUCAGUUGCAAUCUGUCAUAUAAAAAAAUUACCAGAAUCUAAUGAAAAAAUCCCGCAGUAUUGUUUGACAGUGGCCAAUGUUGGUAUGGUACAGGUGGUUCUUUGUCGAAAUGGUCAAGCAAUGCGGCUAACUCACCAAUUUGCAGUUGAGUCUGACCGAUCUGAGUGUAUGAGAAUUCAAAAAUCUGAUGGAAUUGUUACAGAAGAUGGCCUGGUCAAUGGAAUCACACCUUGUACACGACUGAUUGGUUGCAGUUAUCUCUACCCUCAACUCAUUCCAAAGCCACACAUUCGCAGUAUAAAACUCCAACAUGACGACCAGUUCGUCAUAAUAGCUAAUCAAGAAUUGUGGAAAUACAUCAGCAUUGAGGAAGCUGUCAGCCAGAUCUCUCCAUUCCAAGAUCCAGUAGUAAGUGCCAAAGUAUUACAAGAUCUUGCUCAAGGAUACGGUGCCACAGAGAACCUGUGCGUUGUUGUUAUAAACUUAAAACCAUUACAGAUUUCUCCAUUUAGUCCAACUCCAUCACAGGUAUUUAACUUCCCACAGUUAUAUAACAACAACGUUGGGGAGCUCACACCAAAGUUGUGGCAUAACAAAACACUAAGAGAUGCACUUCCUAGCAACAAUUCUAGUGCCUUGUGUUCCAUUGCAGAAAGUGAAGAAUCAGAUGAAAGUAAAAAUUCAACAUUGGAGAGAAAGAAAAAAAAGACUGACUCAAAAGAUACUGAAAACGAGAUUUCAUUGAACUCUCAUCUUGCAUCUCAAAUUGGCAGUGAAACAACGAGCAUUUAUGAAUGGGAAGAACUUUUACAGAGAAAACUUGCCAAAGAGGUGAAAAGCAAAGAAGUUUAUGCCGAGCUAAAAAAACUAGAAAAGGCAGCAAAGGAAGAGAUAGCGAGCAAAGAUAGAGAAACUGAACCAACAUCUGGAAAUAGUAGGUCAACAGUUGUUAAAAACAUUAAAAAAAAUGCAGAUCAAGUAGAGACUGAAUCUGAUACAAAGACAUCCACUGACCAAAGUGAAACGUCUACAGAAUUAAGGGAAGAUUGUCUGUACGACAUUCCACCUGGAAUUGACCGUGAUGCUAUUUUAUUUUACAAGAUGCAAAUGGCACGUUUCAAUAGUGGAAAGAGUGGGAGCUUGAGUUCUGUGCAGUCUGUGCCAAUGUAUAGCUCCCUUGAAAAUAUGUUUCCACCCAAUAUUCCUUCACAGAGUAUUGAGGUGCUAGUGAGAGACAUGCCUAAAAUUACUCAACCAAUAGUCAGAGAUAAUUCUAAACCCAAGCAAAACUCUGUCUUCAGAAAGAAAGUCAGCAAAAGCAAGUACCAUAUAAAUGAAAAAGAGCAGCCAAAAACUGAUCCAACACCAAGUACAAGGACAGCAGCAAAUCCUGGAACAUCACAUCCAGUAAAUUAUAUAAAACCAUCUAGCAAGACAAGUUCAGAGACACAGUCAAACUCUAGCAAUGAUGAAAGUAAUUCUAAAAGUACGUCAUCAAAUCCUGGAACAUCACAUUCAAUAAGUUACAUAAAGCCAUUUAGCAAGACAAGUUCAGAGACACAGUCAAACUCUAGCAAUGAGGAAUGUAAUUCUAUAAGUACAUCAUCAGAUCCAGAAACAAACCUUACAAUAAUUCAUGUAAAAUCAUCUAGCACAAGCUCAGAAUUACAUUCUAAUUCUAGCAACAAUGAAAGUAAUUCUACAGACAGUAGAGACAAUGAUGGAGAUUACACUGGCAGCAUUAUCAUAUCUUACCUUUGAUAAAAUGUCAACCAUGUUUACGCUCUACUAUACAGACUGCUGUAUACCAAAUAUGCAACAGAUGUUGAGACUGCUGGUAGGUUAAAAAGAAAUAUCAACCAACACUUCAAUUCAAUACAUUCCUUAUUGUUUCAAAUAUAUAACUAUAGGGGUGAUAAAGAAAAUUACAAAACCCUGUCUAAAGUGAGUAUAUAUAUUAGAAGAGUCAUACUGGUUACAGUAGGGCUUGUAAAUAUAAUCACCAGAUAUGAUUAACUGCAGGUUUUGGUGAUUAUUUUUGUAAGCUUUCCUGUAAUCAGUAUAGCCUUCCCAAAAUAUAAGAAUAUUAACUUCAUAUGUGUGGGUGAACACACAGGCACAGACAUUGUCGACAUUCCAUGGCUGCACUUACCACUGUUUUUGUACAUCAUAUCUGGUCACUCUGUGCUUUCAUAAAACUGAAAUAAAGAAUUUCUUUUACUCAUAAAACAUAGACUUUCGAUAGUAAAGGAGUCUGAACAUAUAAUCUUGCCUCAAAUAGGACCCCAUCGAACCCAUGCUAGCAUGGUAAAACAAAUAUGAAACAAAUGGAUUAGUGAACAUGCAUGUAUUUAUAUACAUACACAAAUAUAAUUUUAGUUUUAAAUUACGCAAAUUACCUUGGCCAAAAAUGUACGAAAGCCUUUUUUGUAUAUGGAAGAAUGUAUAAACCUGAUCUAGAUACAAACUAAGACUAGGGUAUGCUGGUGGGAAUGAAACAAUGCACCUGUGAUUGUCCAUGGCUUCAAACAACGAUACAAAAAUCAGAGUGUCUUUUCCCUGCCAUGAUAAGUGUAAACGAUUGAGAAUUUAUUCCCAGUUACUCAAAGUUGUCUCCUCUUUACCCUCAGAACAUACAUACAUAUACACAUACAUACAUACAUACAUAUACACAUACAUACAUACAUAUACACAUACAUACAUCUUUUGUCUGGAUGUUUUUUUUAUGUCAAAUUAUCGUUAUUAUACAAUGAUAUAUACGAACUAGCGACUUGGUUGUUAUAAUCACAACAGUGUGACUGUUAUACACUUUGACCUUCUACAGAUUCCUGUAACAUUCAAUAACAGUUAAAGACAGGAUGGUAAUGCUAAAUUUCGCAAAUCUGUAGCACUCCCAGAAAUGUAAUCAAAUAACUGUCCCAGUAUAAUCCAGCACCUAUGUUCUUUACAAGUUGAACUGACCUUAAACAACUAAACUUUGUUAGUUGCUCAGCCAAAUGUAACCACCAUGCAUAAUCAUGUAUCGAUACAUCAACGACUUUCUUCUCAACUUUUGUAAUACAUCAAAUAAAUUUGGUUAUAUAUAUAUAAAUUAUUUAAUCAAUUAAAGCAUUAUUCUUUGUUA